CCCGUCAGCGGAGGAAAAGAGAGGACAGAAGGCGCCAGAAAGACGAAUACAGCGCAAUUAAGCGGUUAUUGUGAAAAAACCCGCACACUAAAUACAGCCAGGAUGUCAGAGGAAAAGCCAAAGGAGGGAGUAAAGACUGAGAACGAUCACAUCAACCUGAAGGUUGCAGGGCAGGAUGGGUCUGUGGUCCAGUUCAAAAUCAAAAGACACACACCGCUCAGCAAACUAAUGAAGGCGUACUGUGACCGACAGGGCCUCGCAAUAAGGCAGAUCAGGUUCAGGUUUGAUGGCCAGCCGAUCAAUGAGACGGAUACACCUGCACAGCUGGAGAUGGAAGAUGAAGACACCAUAGAUGUUUUCCAGCAGCAGACAGGCGGGCACUGCUAAGCCCCGCCCACCUCAUUGACGGCCACCCUCAGACCACGCCCUCAGCCACCUUCACUGUCCCUCCCCUCCCCAUCGCUCCUCUCAGCCUAUUAUUAUUAUUAUUAUUAUUAUUAUUAUUAUUAUUAUUUCUUCAGUUUAAAGAUGUCUGUCAUGGUUUUUCGUCAGGUGUGUGUGGGGGAGGGGGCUCCUCAGCUGUUUCUGUACCGUCUCAGCCAGGAUUGAACUUUUGUGCGUGUCAACAGUCUCUCCGCUGGCCAAUCAGGACAACAUUUCUCCUCCUGGCACGCCAGGCUGUGAUUGGACCAACAGUGCUUCAUCACAGCUUCUCAUUCACUCUGCAGUGAAAGCUUAGUAUCAAGUAGUCUGUCACGGGUUUCAUCCAUCGGGGGCGAACGCGAGGCUCUGCAGGUUGUUUUUUUUUGUCCGGGGUCACGGUCAGUGGGCAUGAAAAUGUUUUGAAGUGGAAGCAUCUGAACUUAAUACACACUCGCCUUCCAUUUCACUUCGCUUUUGUGUUUUUUUGUUUUUUUUGUCUGAACGGUGACUCCUGCUCUUCUGUCAAAUAAGGUAUUUUAAUUCUCUCUGCAUUUUAGGUGCUUUUGCUAAAGAGUUCUGCAAUGUUUUUUUGUAUUUUUUUUCCUUUUUCUUUUAAGAAAUUAACACCCAGGGGGCUUGUUGAUUUUUUUUUUUCAUUUUUUUGAUUUUUUUUCCUGUACAGAAGUAUCAGAGUGGAUGUUAGAUAAAAGUUGUGGGGCUCUUGGACCAAUACUCCAAAGACCGAACUUCUGUUUCAUAUUUGAUGUACUUUGGGUCGCUCUAAAAAGCAAAACUGCAAGGUCAAAACUGUCACAUUUUAAGGGAGUUUGUAUUUCAUUAAUGUUAUUUGCUUCCUCUUUGACUUCUACUAAUUGACAAUGGUUGUCUGUGGGUAUCCGUGGUACAGACUUUUAUUUGCUCAUACAGACAAAUUCCUGUUCAGGGGUGGGAAACUUACUGUAUCCUUUGUUGGAGUUGGUUUGGCUCUUGUCUGUAAGGAUAGUCUCUCCAUGUGGAAACUUUUCCUUUUUCCCUAUUUUCUGACAAAGCAGGCCAGUAGCCAGUCCCCAUACUCUUCUUACAAGUGGCUCUGCUUGGUUUUUAACAUUUUUUUUAGGGAAGAAAGUGGGAAGAAUAACUGGGAAGUCGUUCCUCGAUGCUGUUUUGGGGGUCAGCUGCCUCAUCUCUUGUUUUGUCCUUGCGAAUGUAGGCCGACGGCACAACUGAUUCUAGAUGUGUGUUUGAAGAGGAGCGGCUUCCAGUUUGAGCAAGGAUAUCCUACAAAAGUCAGUAUGUUUUUCGUUUAAACACAUUCUGCAGACACUUUUCACUGCUUUGUCGUCGACUGUCGAGCUGUUUUUUCAUUGUUUGUAAAAUAAAAAAGGCAGAGGUUUUCAAAA